AUGGACGAAGAAGCACUGAUAGCCCGGGCAAAGGAGGAACGGGAGAAGAUAUUCCAGCGCUACGAUAAGGGCCGGGAACCGGGAGCCGAGAUUGAUCCGUGGGAGGAUCCCGAAUUUGAAGUGUACCAACAGACGGACAGGUACGGAUUCAUCCAUAACGAACAGUUACCGGAUAAACGGAGACCCCAAGAAUCGAAAGCUUUGCAAAUCGAACAGGGACGGGAGAAGAAGUGGGUGAAGCUGCUUGGCCUUUCACAGCCAAGCAAACGACCUUGGAACGAUAAAGUGGUACAGGCGAAGGUCCGCAAACGUGUGUUCAAAGGAAUACCAGAGAAGUUACGUGGCAAGAUCUGGUGCAAGUUGCUCAAUAUCGAGCAUGUGAUGCAGACCGGGGAGAACAAGUACAAGGAGAUGCUCAAGCUUGCACGGAACUGGAGCACGGAGGCACGGCAAAUUGACAAGGACGUGAAUCGACAGUUCCGGGAUCAUAUUUUUUAUCGCGAGCGUUACAGUGACAGGCAGAGGAGUCUGUUCAAUGUACUGGUAGCGUACAGUAUGUACAAUUCAGAGGUCGGCUACUGCCAAGGAAUGUCUGGUUUGGCCGGUGUGCUGCUGAUGUACAUGGAAGAAGAGCAAGCGUUCUGGGCGCUAAGCGUCCUUCUGGCCGAUGCUAAGUUCGCCAUGCACGGCUUGUUCAUUGAAGGCUUCCCAAAACUGACCCGUUUUCUAGCACAUCACGACAAAAUCAUAACCAAAUUCAUACCAAAGCUUAAGAAACACUUCGACCAGUGCAAUCUUGACUCGAUCCUGUACUCGUUGAAAUGGUUCUUUGUUGUGUUUAUCGAAAGGAUACCGUUCAGCUUAUGCUUACGCGUCUGGGACAUUUAUCUGCUCGAUGGGGAAAAGGUGGUCACGGCCAUGGCCUAUAACAUACUACGUAUGCACAGACAUAGUAUUCUUAAGCUACGCGAUAUGGACCAAAUUGUGCAGUACAUCCAGACGCGACUAUGUGAUGACUUUGGAUACGAUGACGAUGCGGUGAUUAAAAGUCUCGAACAGUGCAUGGAGGAGCUACGCAAAGCUGGCUUAGAGUUGCCACCGCCACCGAGCGAAAUUGAACUUCCGAAAAAGAAGUUCGGUAUAUUCGUGGAACCUACACCUGCUGCGCAGAUUGGUCGACGAAAGCAAGAGUUUUCAGAAACAGAGAAGGACGUGACGGAAACAGUCAAAUUAAAGAGAGAAAUCACAGAACUGGAAAUUGCCAAUCACAACCGAAUCGCAAACACUCCUGGAGGCUCCACCAAACAAUUAAACAAAGUACACGUUCCAGAAUCGGAGGAUGGUGGAUCACCUCUGGGUAGCUCUCGCAAAUCACUUGCCGAUACGUCGGUUACAUCUACCGCUGAUUUGAGUGUGCUUUCCGGCGCUCAAAGCCAACGUUCCCAGCAAGCGUUCGAUUUCUGCGUCGACGAUCAGAACGUGAUCCCAAGCGAGGAUGAAGGCGACGGUGAAAGUAGCCCGGUAUCAAAGCGAAAACAGUCGACAGUGCCAUCGGCGUCGCCUGGUACCGCAAAUGGUACCACGUACGCCACCGCCUCCACCUCCACGACGAGGCCGGUCAGGUUUAGAAGUGCAACAUCCGCAAUCGGUGCAACGAGUGUGGUAGAACGCAGUCCUUCGGCCCAGCAAUUAAUGACUCCACGAGCGAUGUCUCCGCAAGAUGUAGUCCGCAUUUAUGUACCACCGGCCCCACCUGAAGAGGUACAAAAGCCAACAGUAGGCCUCUCAAGAACAUCCGCUGUUGCAAACAAUCACGAUCGGACGACAAGCCACUCGGACGUGGCUGGUGUAAAUGGAACGGGACAGCGUCGUCGUAAUCGUUCCUCACGCACGAGCUACAACGACGACGAUGAGGAUGACGAAUCGAAAACGCGCCGCAACAGUGAAAUCGAUCUGUACCUUCAGCAAUCGAUACAUAGGGCAUCGUCCGGCACUGUGUUGGGCAAUGGCAAUGUACCGGCGUCCGGGUAUGGUGGUGGAAGAUACUCCGAAUUUACCAGUGGUGAUUUUCAGAGCCAUCAGCAACCGUCACUCCCUCCAUCGGUACCUUUGUCUCCUUCCGCGUCCCAAACCAAUUACGCAUCGAAUGGGCGUUCCACCUCGUCGUCCCGGCGUGGCAGUAUGUCACGGAAGUCGCCAGCUCCAACGCUCGACAGUGAAUUUAUCAUCGAGUGUAGUCACUUGAAGAAUCGAAAAUACGUGCCACCACCGGAUCAUCAUAGCAGCCACAACAGUUUGGUGCUAAGCGUUGGCGGUGGUAUACCGCCGUACGGCAGCCGCAACGGAUCGGAGUCCAACAUUCACCGGAUGACAUCGUUCGAGGAAUUGGCUAAGGCGAAACUGCAACACCACCUGUCGGGAAGCGGUGGAAGUGGAGCAAUCACUGGUAGUAGUAGUAGUUUAUUAAGAAGUGGCACCGAGGACUAUUACGCCGUACGACAAACGGUGUCGAUAACGAAGGUGGCAUCCUCCUCCACACACAAUCGUAUGGCGCGCAGUGAAAUCUAUGAGUCGAUCGAGAGCAGGGAAGAAUCACACUAUGAUAGUCCGCGUCAUCGACAACAGCUAACCGAUUCGUCUUCCGAUCGUAACGAUGGCACCACCGUUGGUUCAAUGCACAAAAGCUCACGCGGCCAUAAGAGUGACUACAAUAUACAGUACCGUAACCUGUCGCUGCAGGGAGCCACCGGUACCGGUGGUCCCACUUCACCGCUGAGUGACGGUGGAGGCGAAUACGUUGAAUAUCGUCCGUUUAAGUCGUCAUCCAGGCAAAACAGUGGCAACGAUAGCUCACUAUUCGAUUACGAUCCAUUGCCAACGGAUGGCGGUUCGUCGGACGGUCCGAUGAAUGUAUCCACGGAACGGUACAAUCGAUUCUUUAACAAUGAUGAAGAGGAUGAUGAAAAUUUUGGGCUUGAGCGAGACACUUUGAACGGUGUUUCGGUGGCGACCCCUUAUCGUCAUCGGGAAGAUGAAGACAAGCUGUUGGCGAAAUCGUCUGACGAUUCUUCCACAAGUCCCCCGCCGCCAGCAUCAUCCGGCCGUCCUUCACAGUUGCCUCAAUAUCAACGGCAACAAGUGGGUUCGAGUUCCAGUACGGGUAGUCACCAACGGCAACGACCCCGCCAAAGACAACCUCCGUCAACAAGCCCGUCCCACAAACAGCAUCAAAAUGGAACCACGCCAACCAACGAAAUGGUUCCGCUUUUACCGGUGUCCCCAUCGAGCACAAUGUCCGGUAGGAAGGGUUACCCUGUCCUGAUGAUGCACUCUGACGGUACCACAUCACCGCUGGCGGGGCCAUCGUCAUCCAUUCCUGUCAGUAGUGUGAAACGCAAGUAUUCUACCGAAUCGUCUUCACACAUACCGGUGACCGGUUCGUCCACUACCAGCACUCCAACCGGUACACGGCGUCGUGGUUCGAACGCAUCGGCCAGCGCGAUGUCUCCACCGGUCGGGGUUAAUUCGCGCAUUCCGAUUGGUAUGAAAUCGCCUACAUCGCCCACCGGUUCGCUGCAGGGUUCGUUCCGCUCCGGCAUACCCACACAAAAGUCCUCCCGGCUGCCCACAUCUAAAGCACCGGACGUUGCCGAACGUUUGCCCCAGUACCAGUACGGUACGGCUUCCGGGCCUGCAUCGUUAGCACUGUCGCCACCGGCUUCGUCGUUUCAAAGGGCCGGACCCACACAAGGAUCGGCCGGAUCGGGCGUAUACUCGAGCAAUCGGUUAGGAUCGUCCCGGUCCGCGCAUCAAAUACAGCCGGAUCGAGACUCGAAUAAGAUUCGCAUCCAAAUUAAUCCAUCACAAUCGUACAGCAGCAGCAGUACAACGGGUGGUUAA